AUGCUCGCCGCCACACCCACGCCGUACGGCGCCUCGGGCGUUGUAGACGCCGACGGCGUGAUCCUCGACUUUCCUGCGCUCGACGUCUCCCCCCUCCUGCCCCCUCCGUACACUCACACUCCCCUCGCCCUGCGCGACCUGUCCCCAUCCCUCAUCCAUGCCCUCUCCCCCGCCGCGCUCCGCCACCUGGCCCAAGGCCUCGCGUCCACGCGCGGCGCCCUCUCCACCGGCCGCGUGCCACGCGAUAUCUGGCCCAUGUACUCCUCCUCGCCCUCGCGCUCGCUCGCCUCCUUCAUCUCCUCGGCCAGCUCGUCCCCCUCGCCAUUCAACACGCCGUCUCCACUCCUCUCGACCCCGAGUCCCUUCGCCACGCCCCCGCAUAAGCGCUCGCCGCGGAGCACGCCCUCCUCGUCCCCUCCCAAGCGCGUGCGCCCCCGCGCGCAGAUCACGCCGCUCACAUUCGCGCUCCUCGUCCUCUUCGCCCACGGAGACAUGGCCGCCAUGAGCAGCCUGUUCGUCGCCCACCCCGGGCCUGUGGCGCGCGAUAUCCGCGCGGGCAACCUCCUCCCUCUGCUUCCCGGCGCCCUGGCACCCCUCCUCACGGCGCUCCAAGAACGCAUCCUCCAAAACGGGACGUACACUUCCGACCCGCUCCUCGCGCCCGCGGCACACCUCCUCGUGGCUGCCCUCUCCGUGCCAGACGACAACGUCUUCGGCGCGGACGAGAACGUCCAGCGCCGCCUCGAGACGCUCUUCGCGCUGCUGCCCCGCGUCGCGCCGGCCAAUGUCCGCUUCUACGGCGUUCGUGUCGGGCUCGUGUUUGCCGCCCUCGGCAUCCACGAGGCAGAGGCUUACGAGCGCCGCUCGCGCGGGUGGGCGCUCGGCGCGGCGGCCGUGUCGGCGGGCACUGGGGUUGCCGCACGCGUACCCUCCCUCGUCGGCGGGAUGGUGAAUGUCGGCCCUGUCGUCGAGCCGCUGGCCACCAGCGUGCGCGGCGCCGCGCUCGACGCCAUCAGCCGCAAGACGCGCAAGCUCGGCGCUGGGGUCGGCCUCGUCGCGGUCAAGUUCAGCACGCAGGUGCUCGACGAGGCGGGCGACGGGCUGUGCGCGAGCUUCGCGUCCGCCGCGGCCGUCGGCGACGCAGUGCACGACGAGCACGGUAAUGUGCGCCGUGCGUUCGCCGAGGGCGAGUGCGCGCGCUUUGCGGAUGUCGCUUGGCGCGUGUUUUGUCUCGUCCCCCGGCUUGAGGGGUUCGACGUCGGCGUCAGCGACUACCCCGUCAGCGUACGCCCAGAGCCUGCGUCCCUCUGGGGACGGAUGCUGGGCUACCUCCAGCCUGCGGCCGAGCGUAUUGUCGUCUCGCCACGCAUAUCCAGCGACGUGAGGUAG